CUUUCCAGCUGUUUCGCAUUGUAACUGUUGCUCGAUGCUAUGCCAAGUACAAUGGGGUGGAAUCUGUGGACUUAGCAGGCGCAUCUAUUGCGAUGGAACUUCCGAUAGUUCUGUUCAGUCUUCUAGUUGUCAUCAAGUUUGUAUGGAAGGUAGCCAAGUGUCUAAAGCAGAAGAAAUAUUCGAGGAGUCGAUCUGAGGAGGUUGGAAAGAAAUUGUGUAGAAAGUCUGAUCUGCUGCAUGUCAAGGCCCUGUUCCAUCCAAGAAGUUGUACAGAAGCUGAAAAAGCGGAAAAGACAAUGCCUUGUUGUACUAGUUGGUUCCGGAAGUUUGUUAAACCGUUCCCAGGUUUUAAAUUUCCCAUUGGCAUGCUCAUCACAACAUUCGUCUCAUGUAUUUUUAUAUACUGGACGACCAUACUACUUGCAACUGGUUCUGAUGUAAUAUCACACCAAAAUUUCCCACAAUACAUCGGGCUGCUAACGGCUGCUAACAUUUUUGCCUGCCUGAUCACUGUACUCUGUGGACUAAGAAAUGUCUACCUUGUUCUCAUGAAUUACAAGCGAGAUAUGCUGUGCCUGUACAAGGGUGACAAGAGUUUCAUCCCUGCUGUAUUGAGGAAUUGCCCACCAAACAUUUACAUGGCACAGGGAAUGAGAUUUAUUGGUAACUCAAUCGUUGGAUCAUUCUGGGGUUCAACAUUCGUGUACUUUGUGGUCUACGUGCCAGUUGCCUUGAUGCUUCUUACGUUUAGGGUCUUGGAUGACAGCGACAAACUCCAUCUACUGUGGCCCCGAUUCGAGUGGUUGAUCUACCCGGCCUGUUCAAUUUUGAUCUUUAAAGUCCAGAUGAUGCUUGUGACUAGGUUCUUCGUGCAGCCGAAACUCGAGGAAAGUGAUGAAUACGAGCCACUGGCCGUAAAUAACAGAACAGUGUACGAUAUCUUCAGUUUCUUCAUGCUGUUUCUCAAUGCAAGCAUCGGUCUUGUUCAGUACGUGAAGCGAAUCUUGUUUAGCGCAGUUUUGGCCGUUUUCCUGAUCCCUCGAAUGGAUCGAAGCCUUUACAUGCGAGGAUAUGAGGCAAUGGAUAAAUGUUACACAAACUACAUCGGUAUGAUCCUAGUCGAUGUUGCUCACAAUCAUCCAGUGAUGCGGGUAUUUUGUCAUCUGAUCAGUGAUGCAAUGGUAACGACACGCAACAGGGCAACGCCCACCACAGAAAACCCACUUUAUGCCGAUAUCCGGCCAGAGCACCAGGAUAAAAAACUGAGCAUCGCCAAGAGAAAAUGGCUUCUAGCCUUCACCCUCGUCAGAAAUCCAGAUCUACAGGAGUUACGAGUUCACCGCAAGCCUAAAAUAAAGGAUGAUAACUCAGUGUACGUGAAUGUGAAUGAGAUGGCUGUGAUGGAUGCAGAAAAUAGUUCUGGAAUCAGUGACAACAUGGUCAUGGACACCUGGGGUUGUGUUUGUCGAUGUUGCAAGAAUUAUAAAUGUACGAUCCCACCAAAUAUUACCACUAACAUUAUGGCAGGCAUCGUAUUCUUUUCCUUAGUAAUUCUCUUUUUUGGGUUUCCUUUGUUGCUCGAUAUAAUUUUAUCUUCAAUCUAGCAAGAGUGAAAGUUGUUAUGAUGAAGUCAGGAUUUUUUGUUAUGAAUUAUAGUACCAACCUGUAUGAUGUGUGGUUUUAAUUUGCUGUGGAUUUUUUGUCAAUAAAUCAAUACCGACACGGUUAUGAAAUGUAUUUGAACACAUAAAAAUCUGAUCUUAUUUGACAAUCAUAAUUGUAAAUUCUACAUUGCCACAUGUUUUUAUAUUUCCAUGGCUUUUUAAUACACCAAAAAGGCUGUG